GAGAAUUAGAGCGAAGCCAGGGGGACUAGCAUAUAGACUCCCUCCCAUAGCAGAACCAGGGAGACUCCCCAGCCUUGUGAGGAACCCACCACAAUAGGCACCUCUGGGCACCAGGAGCAUCUGCCUCUGAACUGUGGAGCCUUUGGCCAAGGACCAUAUUAGAGAUGCUGGUGACACAUAUUUUCCUUCUCACCCUCUCCCUAUCUGUGCCUACACUCGGGCAAUAUGAGCACUGGCUCUAUUACCCAGAAUAUCAAGCGUCCCAGGCGCCCGAACCUCUACCAACUCCGGCCAGAAAUGUGCCACAGAUCCACGUCAGGCUGGCAGGGGAGAAGCGAAAGCACAAUGAGGGGCGAGUGGAGGUCUAUUAUGAAGGAGAGUGGGGCACAGUCUGCGAUGAUGAUUUCUCUAUGUAUGCUGCCCAUAUAGUGUGCCGAGAGUUGGGCUACCAAGAUGCAGUGUCGUGGUCACCGAGCUCCAAGUAUGGAAAAGGAGAAGGACGGAUUUGGUUGGAUAAUGUGAAUUGCAAUGGGAGAGAGAAAAGUAUUGCCUCGUGCGGCUCCAAUGGAUGGGGGGUGACAGACUGCAAGCACAGCGAGGAUGUUGGGGUACAGUGCAGUGACCGGAGGAUCCCUGGGUUUAAAGUCAGCAAUGAGCUGCCGGGACAGCUGGAGGGUCUGAAUAUUCAAGUAGAGGAAGUGCGAAUCCGCGCCAUUUUAUCAGCCUAUCGUAAGCGUGUGCCAGUAACGGAGGGGUUUGUGGAAGUAAAAGUCCAAGGCAGCUGGAGGCAGGUGUGCAAUGCUGAGUGGAGCAGCAAGAACAGCCGAGUGGUGUGUGGCAUGUUUGGCUUCCCUGCAGAAAAGAAAUUCAACAACAAGGUGUACAAGUUGUUCUCAUCCCGUCGGAAGCACACUUAUUGGCAAUUCUCAGCAAACUGCACAGGAAAUGAGGCCCAUCUUUCUUCCUGCAAGGUGGGGGGCGUCCUCACACCCGAUCCCAAAACCAAUCAGACAUGCAGUGAUGGUUCUCCUGCCGUGGUGAGCUGUACCCCAGGGCGUGCCUUUGCCCCCAGUCCUGGCACAGGCUUCAGGAAAGCAUUCCGACAAGAGCAGCCACUAGUGCGCCUGAGGGGCGGAGCUAACACUGGAGAAGGGCGUGUGGAGGUUCUGAAGAAUGGAGAAUGGGGAACGAUUUGUGACGAUAAAUGGAACUUGGUCACCGCCAGCGUGGUCUGCAGGGAACUGGGGUUUGGCAGCGCCAAGGAAGCUCUUGCAGGAGCACAGAUGGGCCAAGGAAUGGGCCACAUCCACAUGAGUGAGAUCCAAUGCAAUGGCUUUGAGAAGUCACUAAUAGACUGCAAAUUUAAUGUCCACUCGCAAGGCUGCAAUCAUGAGGAGGAUGCUGCUGUUAGGUGCAAUGUGCCGGCCAUGGGCUUUGAAAACCAGGUACGGCUGAGUGGAGGACGUCAUCCAACUGAAGGACGCGUGGAGGUUCUGAUGGAACGGAAUGGAACCUUGCGUUGGGGAACUGUGUGCAGUGAUACCUGGGGCACAAUGGAAGCCAUGAUUGUUUGUCGCCAGUUGGGACUUGGGUUUGCUAGCCAUGCAUUUCAGGAGACCUGGUACUGGCAAGGAGAUAUAAAUGCCGACGAUGUUGUCAUGAGUGGGGUUAAAUGCUCAGGUACAGAGAUGUCUUUGGCACACUGUCGGCACGAUGGGGCCAACAUCAAUUGCCCCCGAGGAGGAGGAAGGUUUGCUGCUGGCGUGUCCUGUGUGGAGACUGCCCCAGACCUUGUGCUAAAUGCCGCCCUGGUGGAACAAACCACAUAUCUUGAAGACAGACCAAUGUUCAUGCUGCAGUGUGCCCACGAAGAGCAGUGCCUGUCCUCCUCUGCUGAUCGCACUAGCCCUACUACUGGCUACCGCCGCCUCCUGCGCUUCAGCUCCCAGAUCCACAACAACGGGCAGGCCGACUUUCGCCCUAAGACUGGUCGGCAUUCCUGGAUAUGGCACGACUGCCAUCGCCAUUACCACAGCAUGGAGGUUUUCACCCACUAUGAUCUGCUGAGCCUGAAUGGGACCAAAGUGGCGGAGGGACACAAAGCCAGCUUCUGCCUCGAAGAUUCAGAGUGUGAAACAGAUGUCCAGAAGCAGUACGCCUGUGCUAAUUUUGGGGAGCAAGGUAUCACGGUGGGUUGCUGGGACGUUUACAGACACGACAUUGACUGCCAGUGGGUCGAUAUCACAGACGUUGCGCCGGGGGAUUACUUUUUCCAGGUUAUCAUUAAUCCAAACCAGGAGGUGGCAGAGUCAGACUACACAAAUAACAUCAUGAAGUGCCGCUGUCGGUAUGACGGACACCGAAUCUGGAUGUACAACUGUCAUAUAGGUGGGUCGUACAGCACCGAGACAGAAGAGAAGUUCGAACACUUUAGUGGGCUCAUGAAUAACCAGCUCUCCACUCGGUAGACAUUCUAUGGAAUGGAACAAUGAAUCCUAUAAGAUGCAGAGGGAACACCACCUAACCCCAAUGCCAGAGGGGGCUUGAAAAAUCCAUGGCUUCCUGCUAGCACUACGGGGGCAGGAAGUGCAUCAGAGACCUUCUGUAACCGCCUGACAAUAACUGUCAGCUCCAGCGAACGUAUUAUGCAUUAUACAUUCCAUCCCACUUUCCCCUGUGUCGUUACUCGGGACUAUGUUCUAAAUGUAGCACAAUAUUCACAUUUAUCAUGGAACCACUCCAGCCGUGUGAUGUAGAACAGGCCGCGGGCAGUACUAUGCUUGGUUCUUGUGGCACGAGGACGAUUCCUCUGGAAUUUGGGACUCAUUUAUUCAGGGCUUUAAUGACAUAAUCCUUGGUCACUCCGUAUCUCACUAUGUAUGAAAGAUAAGAAUUGAGCCAAAUCUAUAUCAUGUGAAUGCCAGUCCUUUCGUUUGGGUGCUGUAGGAUAAGAUGAAAUCCAGUGGGACUAUCAGCUUUGCUUAUUGGAAGGUGCAGCUUGUGUAAUCCUGUCCCUUUCCCACUUGAGCGGUGCGCCCCCCGUUUCCCUGGCUCUGCGUCAGGCUAACACUGGCGCUACCACCAAACCACUGCUGCUACCCACUUGUUAUAUUGGUGCUAUUAAACCUGGAAGUAUGCCUACAAGCA